AUGAGCUUCGACAACUCCGAGGAGAAAUUUAGAAAAAAACGUCGUGGAAAACUGCAAAGAAGUGUGACGCUGCUUCAGGACAAUGCUCCGGCUCAUUCCUCGCACGUUGCGGUUGGAGUUGUCAGUAACUGGCUUCCGAAUUCUUCCCCAUCCUGCUUAUUCCCCAGAUCUCCUCCCUCAUACUUUUACUUGUUUCCUAGGCUCAAAUCUGAGCUCAGGGGCUGUGAAUCUGAGACGGAUGAAGAGGUGAUAGGUGUUGUAGAGGAGUUUUUAGGAGUGCAAGACAAAGCCUGGUUUUUAGAGGGGUUAACAAUGCUGGAGAAACGCUGGACAAAAUGUAUUGAACUCAAGGGAGACUAUGUAGAAACAUUAUGGAAUAAAAUAUUUGGUGCGAGUUGCGUUUCAUAG